AUGGGGGGAAUUGGUAUUAGAAGUAUUGCUACAACUAGAACAAAGAAAGGGAUUAAGGAACAUUUUGAGUAUGAGGAUGGUGAUUGUGUUGUUACAAUACUGCUGGCUGAAGAGGACAAAGUUGAAGAUGAUGUAGUGUUUUACUUGGUAUUUUUGGGUUCUGCCCUCCAUCACUGUACAAGCACACGGAAGAUCAGUUCUGAUACGUUGGAGACCAUUGCUCCUGGUCAUGACUGCUGUGAGACAGUGAAGGUGCUGCUUUGUGCUUCUAAAGAAGGCCUUCCUGUGCUUGUGGUGGCUGAAGAAGACUUUCAUUUCAUCCAGGAUGAAGCAUAUGAUGCAGCACAGUUCCUGGCAAGCAGCGCUGGAAACCAGCAGGCUCUGAACUUCACCCGCUUUCUUGACCGGUCCCGCCCUCCAUCUGCAGAUGUAAAUUCGCUUGAUGAGAAAGUAGCACUAGCAUUCAGACACCUGAAGCUGCCAGCAGAGUGGAAUGUGUUGGGGACAGAUCAGACUUUGCAUGGUGAGAAUUUAUAUGACUCAGAAACAAAUUCUGAGGAGAAUGCUGGAGAACCAGACUCCUGGAGCACUUUGUCCUAUGAAAUACCCUAUGAAGACUGUUCUGUGAGGCAUCAUCGAGAAUUGGACAUCUAUACAUUAACCUCUGAAUCUCAAUCACAUCAUGAACCCCCAUUUCCUGGAGAUAGUUGUACUGGACAUAUUUUUAAACUUAGGAACAUCCAAGAGCAGUUAAUGAAAACAAACCUCAAGCAGAUGGACAGUCUUAUGCCCUUAAUGGUUACAGCACGGGAUCCUUCAAGUCUUCCCAGUGCCCCAGACAUAGUAGACAGCCAGUCUCUUCACAGUGUAUUAGAGCGCAUGGAUAGCCAGCACCUUCCUUCCCCUCCUAAAUUUACAGGUAGCACUCCAUGCUGCCAGGGGAGCCCUGCCAAAGGGCAGAUUGAUUUGUUAAGUGUAGUUAAGGAAGAGAACACAGACUGUUCCUGUAAGGAAAAAAAUAAAGGCGUGGAGAGAAAAGGGGAAGAGGUGGAGCCAGCACCCAUUGUGGACUCUGGAACUGUGUCUGAUCCAGACAGCUGCCUUCAGAGUAUGCCUGAAUGUGGAAAAAAGGGCAUGGAAGCCUCUCCCUCCUGUGGAAACAGAAAUGAAGAAACUGGAGCAAAACCUUCUGGAAUGACUGCAGACCAAGAGUCAUUGAGCAAUGGAGACAAUGUCUUACAAGAAGACCUGGUCACAGAGCCAGGCACAGCCCAGCAUUUCUCUGGAGGUGAACUGGCCAUCCGUGCAACAGAUGUUAAUGUCCCAGAGUCUGCAGAGGAAAUGGGACAUGUUCUCAUGAACUCAGAUACCACCUUCCAGACGAAUGUGCUUGAAGUACGGGAAAGUACGAAGGAAAGAACUAAAAACAUUAAUAUCAGCACAAUUGGAGCCUCUGAUGUAAAAGUCACAAGUAAGCCUGUGGAUCAAACCAGUGUUCUAAACUGUGUCUCUGCUGUCAGUUUCCUGGAUGAUGAUAAACCUGCUGCGUCUUUACUUGGAUUUAGUAAUGGAGAAACCUCCAUUGGAAAUAUUGCAGAAACAGAAACUUCAAGGAGAAAGUAUGAAGAGAGUACUGAUGCUUUAGUAGACCAGAACUCUCUGGUAAUUCCAGCUGCUCCAAAAGACAAGCUAUUAGAUGAAUCAGAACCUGAUAAUCCCUUAGCAAGCAACUGUGAGGCAGUAUCACCCUCUGAUUUAACUUUUCCCGGGCCAGAAAAAGAAAACCAGAAAUCAGAAACUAAUUCAUCUCAUGUUCAAAGACAGGGAAACAAGUCACCCGUCGGUCCGACAAUUGGAGAUGAUAAGCUUUAUGCUGAGCUUUCAUGUCAACAGAACACGGUGACUUUUAAUGGUGAAUUGGCAAAACAUUAUGAUGACAUAGUUGCCUGGCCUGAACACAACAUAACAGGGCAGACUGUCACACAAGGUCCACCUCCUGCGGUCUUCUCUGAAGACCCACAGGCUAACACAGUCAUCUCUGAUCGUGUACAAAAUCCCCAGGAACAUGUGGAUCAUUGUCCUCCCGAAGUUAGAGACAUAGAGUGCCAAGGAGAAGAUUUGAAUCUAGAUACACCUUUAACAAAUAUGCAUGAUGUGGCUUUGCAUCCACAUGCAGUUGUCCCCAAAGCUGAGAAAGAACUGGUGCCAGACCAGGCAGUGACAUCAGACAGCACUUUCUCUCUUGCAGCCAGGCCAGGCAAUGAAUCAGUAACCAAAGGUGACGCACUUUCUCUUGUCCCCUCCCAGAAAGAAAAAGGAACAGCAACUUCUGAACUACAUCAGUGUACAGACUGUAGAGAUGAUCCAGGUGGAGAUUUGUGUGAUCCCAAUAAGCAGCCACUAGAAGACAGUGCAGCUGGCCUGUCUGCUACAGAUCUCCAGCCCGGCAUGGGAAAUACCAGUCCCGUGGGACUUGGUGGGCAGCAUGAAGAUCCCUGCCCCUCAGCACCUCCAGAAGUUCUGAGCAUCAGGGGACUGGGCACUGAUUCUUCCCUACUAAAUGUGAGUAAGGCUACUUUGGCCGCUGAUUCAGUUUUGACUGAAGAAGGAAAAAAUCUGAUGGUUUCAGAAAGCUCUGCAGCUCAGAAACAAGAUGAUAAGGACAAAGCAGUGAUUUGCCCCUUCAUCAAGGAAGAUACUCUUUCUUCAAGAACAUUACAGGAAAAGCAGAGAGCACUACCUUCUGGACAGGAAGAACUGAGAUUCCAUGAAGAACCUACUUUAGCUGCCUGUGCUGAGGGCAGUGCACUUCAACACAGUAAUUCACUGGGCACACCCUCUGCCUUUCUUAAUGCAGAAACUAAACAUAACAAGGAAGUAGCCCCACAAGGCUCACUGCUGACUGAAGGUGGAGCUGCACAGAACUUGGUGCCACCACAAGCAAGUCUGACUAUAGAUUCGAGACAGGAAGCCUUGGGUCCAGAGCAGAGCAGCCCACCUCGGUUACCUGAUGCAUCUGAAGCUCCUAAUUACAAACAGUCUUUUGCUCAGGAUGCUGGAGUAAAGGACGCGCAAUCCCAGGGAGAAACUACUGCUUGUGAGGUGAGUGGAAAUGGGUCAUUGGAUGAUGCAGUGGCUAGUGCUCAAGAAGGUAUUAUUGAGACCAGAAGAAAGGAUAUAGCACGUGGCACCCAAGACAUCCCUGCUUCAGAAGUCUUGUUGAGCCAGGAGAAGAAUAUGAUCCUGGGUUUGCCAGGAGUUUUGCCAGACAAAGGUAUGACCAACCUACAGGCAGCUACAACCCCAGGAGUGCUACCUCUUGACUGGGAGAAAGUGAAGCUGGAGGGAGUGGAUCAGAGCUGUACGGUGGGCAACUCCAAGGAAGCACAAGUUGUUGAUGAAGCAAAUCAUGAUCUGCUGCAGCCGAUUGCCAAGGAGCUCCCUGCAGACACAGGGCUCUCAACCACUGAAAACAAGGCCACACUUGGUAUGAAGGAAGUCACACAGGCCACAGCCCUGUGCAAGGAAAUGAGUGUUCCCACUCUGUCCAGCAUUGUGUCUGCCAAAACUGUGGCUCUGCCUAAGGGAGCAGACUUGAUAGAGGAUGCUGCAAGUCGAAUAGUGAAUGCUGUCAUAGAACACGUCAAGGCCUCAGGAGCACUGAUUACUGAUGGGGAAGUCAGUCACGGACCACUGUCCAGUCCUUCUGAGUCAGGCCCUAUGGGUGAACAGCUAAAGAAUGUGUCUACUGAGAAAGUGAAUAUUUUCGUGCCGGGGAAGACCCCACCACUGGUCAAUAGUCAUGGAGAAGCCACUGACAACGUUACAAUGUGUUUUGCUGCAAAGGAGGAGCCAGAGAAUAUUAUUCUGCCUGUCCAAGGACCAGAAUCGGCAACAGAAAUGCCAGACACGAAAGCUGAAGAUGAAGUAGACUUUCUGAGUAAUUCCAAAGAGAGUUCAGUUUCUGAAGAGGUGGCUGUAGAACACAUAGUUACACCUAAGAUAAAACAAUGCCCGAAGACCCAGGCGGUCUGCAACUUAACUGACAGCAAUUACAUUAACCGGCCGUGUAGCCCUACCCUUAUCAGUGCAAUUUUUUCAUCACCGUAA